GAGACUGCGCUGGGCCCAGAGUGGGCGUGGCUUACGUGUCCGCAGGCUUUCCUGGCAGGCCUGGCGGGGGGGCCAGGUUGCCAUGACGACCGCGGCUAGGUCGCCGCAGACUCGAGCCAUGGGCAGCAGGAAGAAGGAAAUUGCCCUGCAGGUCAACAUCAGCACCCAAGAGCUUUGGGAGGAAAUGCUCAGUUCCAAAGGACUAACUGUUGUUGAUGUCUAUCAAGGCUGGUGUGGCCCCUGCAAACCUGUGGUGAGCCUCUUCCAGAAGAUGAGGAUCGAGGUCGGCCUGGACCUUCUGCACUUUGCAUUAGCAGAGGCAGAUCGUCUUGAUGUCCUCGAAAAGUACAGAGGGAAGUGUGAGCCAACCUUUCUGUUUUAUGCAGGAGGAGAACUGGUGGCUGUGGUUAGAGGAGCAAAUGCCCCACUGCUGCAGAAAACCAUCCUAGACCAGCUGGAGGCUGAAAAGAAAGUGCUGGCUGAAGGCAGAGAACGGAAAGUGAUUAAAGAUGAGGCUCUUUCUGAUGGAGAUGAAUGUGUUUCCCAUGGAAAGAACAAUGGUGAAGAUGAGGACAUGGUUUCAUCAGAGAGGACCUGUACCUUGGCCAUCAUUAAACCAGAUGCAGUGGCCCAUGGAAAGACUGAUGAGAUUAUCAUGAAGAUUCAGGAAGCUGGGUUUGAAAUUCUAACAAAUGAAGAGAGAACCAUGACAGAGGCAGAAGUGCGACUUUUCUACCAACACAAAGCUGGAGAGGAGGCAUUUGAGAACCUGGUACAUCACAUGUGCAGUGGACCGAGCCACCUCCUGAUCCUCACCAGGACUGAGGGCUUCGAGGACGUGGUCACUACCUGGCGAACCGUCAUGGGCCCCUGUGACCCCAAUGUGGCCAGGAGGGAACAGCCUGAAAGUCUCCGAGCUCAGUAUGGCACAGAAAUGCCCUUCAAUGCCGUCCAUGGAAGUCAGGACAGAGAAGAUGCUGACAGAGAACUGGCAUUGCUCUUCCCCAGUUUGAAAUUUUCAGACAAAGAUACAGAAGCCCCUCAGGGCGGUGAGGCUGAAGCAACAGCGGGGCCCACUGAGGCGCUUUGCUUUCCCGAGGAUGUGGAUUGA